AUGGGUGUAGCACUGCGGGUCAUAACAUAUUUUCGUAGGGGACCGCUAUGGGGACACCAUCGGAAGCCGUCUAAAAGGCCACGGUCGAACUCUUUUGAUGUUAAUAAUAAAAACUGCACAAGCACCGAAUAUGAUAAGGGCGCACUCGCAGUGAAUGAAAAUACAAGGGAUGAGGACGAAGGUGUGACGUCCCUUUUGGCCAUGCGAGUGAUGAGUGGCGCUGAUGGUGCCACUGAAGUCCCACUCUGUCGUGCGGUGCUUCGUGGCUCGUCUGUGGAGGGCGCUUAUGGUUGUCAUUAUCAUGCAUAUCCCUCCGAAUCCCCACACGGCGCUCACGGGACGUCGCUCUGUUGGUCCUUAGAAAAAUCAUCGAUCAAAUUGUACGAGCUUUUGUGUCUUUGUCGGCUAGCUAAUAGCUGUCGGAAGGAUGUUGUACUUUUCGAUGGGAGGGAGGGUUUGCUCUUUUCGUACCGUGCAACCCUUUGA